GUGACAUGUAAAAAAUUAUGUUCAGACCCAAACCAGAGACAUGCAGUCAGGAAGUGAACACCUUGACCUCCUGGGCUGCAUUGCUGCAGUAAGCAGAGCGUCUCUGCGUAGAAUGUCAGAAUCCCUGGUUAGAACACGCCUGCUCUGCUGGAUUGAGGAAGUUUGUUUGUGGGAGGGAGAGGAGGAGGGCCGGAGAGAGACAGAACAUGUCCUGCACUGAGGCUCUGCAGCAGGUGGAAAGGCUGGACUGAGAGGAGGGACUGGGUUCUGUGUGAGGUUCCUCCUGAAGGGCAAAUCUGCAGUUCUCCAUCAUGGAAGAUGGCACUGGGGACCUGCGCCAUCCCACAGAGGUGCACAUGAGUCAGAUGGUGAUGCCAUGCCAUGCCAAUCACCGCGGUCAGCUCAGUUCUGGGCAACUCCUCAAAUGGAUUGACACAGCAGCCUGCCUAUCCGCGGAGAGACAUGCUGGUUGUGCCUGUGUUACUGCAUCUAUGGACGAUAUUUACUUUGAGCACACAAUCAGCGUGGGACAAGUUGUUAACGUGAAGACAAAAGUGAAUCGUGCUUUUAACUCCAGCAUGGAGGUUGGAAUACAGGUUACCUCUGAGGAUCUGUGCAGUGGAAAGGAAUGGAAUGUGUGCCAGGCCUUCGCUACAUUUGUAGCACAAGGCAAGGAGAAGGUGAAGUUGAAGCCCGUGGUUCCUGUCUCUGACAAAGAAAAGUUGGAGUACAGCCUUGCCGCAGAGAGGCGUCGGAUGAGACUGGUCCAUACUGACAAUAUCAAAGAACUGCUGACUACUAGCGCCCCGAGAGACGAAAGGAGCCAGGAAGGUGGGGUAAAUGGAUUUGUGAUGGCCCAGAAGACACGUGUAGAGAGUGUGGAAUUGGUUUUACCUCCGCAUGCCAAUCACCAGGGGAACACUUUUGGUGGACAAAUUAUGGCUUGGAUGGAGAAUGUUGCAACAAUUGCUGCCAGUCGUCUUUGCCACGCUCACCCCACUCUGAAGGUUAUUGAGAUGUUCCACUUUCGAGGUCCGUCUCAGGUGGGGGACCGACUGAUUCUUAAAGCCAUUGUGAAUAACUCUUUCAAAGACAGUAUGGAAGUCGGGGUCUGUGUGGAGGCCUUUUGCCAUGAGAUGAAUGUUCCAAGGAGACAUAUAAAUAGUGCUUUCAUGACCUUCGUAGUUCUCAAUGAAAAAGAUCACCUGUGUGUAUUACCACGUAUCAAGCCAGAGUCAGGGGACGGACUAAGACGCUACAAUGAAGCAAAUGCUCGCAGGAAAAUCAGACUUGAUCGUAAAUAUGUUAUUUCCUGUAAUCCGUCUGAGGUUCCGCUGUCUGUCCCUUGGGAUCCAAGUAAUCAGGUCUAUCUCAGUUACAAUAAUGUAUCUUCUCUGAAGAUGUUGGUGUCCAAAGCCCAGUGGGCCCUAGCUUCCGAAAUAAACCAGGUCCAUCUAUACACCUUGGAGGACAAUGGCUUCCUGUCUUUCAAGGUUGAAAUAAAUGUGUCCAUUGAUGCCCAACAAGCCUUUAAUCUGCUUUCUGAUCUGCGUCGCAGAAACACAUGGGAUCGCUAUUACAAAGAAUGUCAUCUCUUACAACAAGUGAACGAAGAUGAUGCAAUUUACCAUGUGGUCAGCACAGUGCGUUCUGCGGAGAACAAACUGCAGGAUUUUAUCAUCCUGGCGUCCCGGAGACAGCCCUGCGACGUUGGGGAUCCUUAUGUUAUAGCCUUCCGUUCCGUAACGCUCAAAACUCAUCAACCGUCUGAGGAGUACACCCGCAGUGAGACGCUUUGUUCUGGGUUCUGCAUCUGGCCCCAGGAAGGACAUGUAACAAAGAUUUCUUACUAUAACCAGUUUACUCCGGGAGUGGUUUCGUAUUUGACAACGAACAUUGCUGGACUGUCAUCUGAUUUCUCCACCACCUACAAAGCCUGUGAACAGUUCCUUAUUGAGAACACAAGGAUGUCUUCAGUGGAAAUUAAAUCACCAACUCCCAAGGACCCUCUGUAAAUGAACACUAAAAUUAUAUUUUGUAGGUAGGCUGCAAAAUUCUGCAACAAAACAAUAAUUUGUGUGUACAUAAAACCAGCGUAGCAAAUGAUCUCACUCGUGCACAGCUGCACCACGCAGUCACCUAGAGGGAUCUGUGAAAAUCUUCCAGAACUCUAACAAACGUUGUAACCAAGAUGAUCAUCUCAUUACAUCUCAGCAUAAUGUAUCAAAGUAAUCAGCAGAACAAUAGGAAUGCUGCUAACAAAGCUUAGUUGUGUUGGAUGUGUAAAAUGAAAUACUCAGAAGUGCAAUAUAUAUAUCUUCCUUUUUUUGUGAUAGAAUGUUUUUCCUUGAUGAUACUGUAGCUAAGGUGACUCAA